AUGUAUUCACCAUCACCAUUGACUGCAAACAUUAUACUCAACCAAGUUAUUACAGCUACCGAGAAGGAAAAGACUACCAACACCAGGGCCACCACUUCCUUGUUAACCCCACCACCAACUGUCACCACUAAGAACAACACCCCAUCUAUUCAACAACAACAAGAAUCCCCUGAACAACUUGGAACUUCAACUGUAGCACCUAACAAUGUUGGGUAUUAUACCAAACAUUUAAACAAGUCACAAUUCAAUUCAAUCUUAAUCAAUUGUUCAAUCAAUUUGCUUAAGAUUAUUUAUGGUUCUGAAUCUAUUGAUACCAAAUCAUUAAGUUUAUAUAUAUUUGAAAUUUUAAGACGUUCUAAAACUUCAAUUCAAACAUUACAAUUGACAUGUUUUUAUUUAUUCAAACUUAUUAAAUCAGGAGAUGUACCUACAUUAGAUCCUAAGAAAUUAUUCUUGGGGAUGAUUAUUGUUUCAUCUAAAUUUAAUCAAGAUUAUAAUUAUUCCAUGAAAUCUUGGUUAAAGAUCCUUGGAUUAUGUCCUGAUGAUAUCAAUAGUAUUAAAAUGGUUCAAGAAAUUGAAAGAAAUUGCUUAAGUUCUUUGAAUUAUGAAUUAUUCUUAUCUGGUUUAAAGUAUGAAAAUUGGUGUAAUGUAUUGAUUAUAUUUGGAUAUGAUUUCAUUAAAAGACAUAAUAUAAAGCAGCACCAAGAAUCAAGUGAAAUCAUUUGGGAAACCAAUCAUAUUAUUAUUGAAAAUAGAUUAAACAAAUGGAAAGGAUUCUUUGAACAUUUUAAAUAUGAUAAUUUGAAUUUUAUUAAAAUCAAUUUUCAUAAAUUCUUCCAAAAUCAAAUUAACAAAAAAGUCUUUGUCCUUAAAGUUGAUGAAUCAUCUUCUUCUGCAUCUAUCCCUCCUAAUAGAAAGAGAUGUGGUGAAUCAAUUGAUAUUUGUUUAAAGAAACAAAGAAUUGAUUCUAUCUAG